GUAACUAAUCCUAAUCCUUUUCCUAUUUUAGGAUGGGACAAGCACUCAUACGGUUACCACGGAGAUGACGGCCACUCCUUUUGCUCCUCCGGGACCGGCCAACCGUACGGCCCGACGUUCACCACAGGGGACGUGAUUGGCUGCUGCGUUAACCUCAUCAACAACACAUGCUUUUACACCAAAAACGGCAUCAGUUUAGGUGUAGCCUUCACAGACCUCCCUCCCAACCUGUACCCCACUGUGGGGCUCCAAACUCCGGGUGAGAUCGUAGACGCAAACUUUGGCCAGCAGCCGUUUGUCUACGACAUCGAGGACUACAUGAGUGAAUGGCGGGCGAAGAUCCAUGGCAUGAUCGCUCGCUUCCCCAUAGGAGAGAGGCUUGGGGAGUGGCAGGCUGUCCUGCAGAAUAUGGUGUCUAGUUACCUGGUGCAUCAUGGGUACUGUGCCACCGCAACAGCCUUUGCCAGGGCCACAGAGACCCUGAUACAAGAGGACCAGACAUCUAUAAAGAACAGGCAGAGAAUACAGAAGCUGGUGCUGGCAGGACGGGUGGGCGAAGCCAUAGAGGCUACUCAGCAACUUUAUCCAGGCCUGUUAGAACACAACCCAAACCUACUCUUCAUGUUGAAGUGUCGCCAGUUUGUGGAGAUGGUAAACGGUACAGACGGCGAGGUCCGCUGCUUGCCCAUCCGCUCCCCAAAGUCCCAGGACAGUUACCCCGGCUCCCCCAGCCUCAGCCCCCGCCACGGAGCCAGCAACACACACCUAAACACCGGAGGGUCAGACAGCCCAACCUGCAGUAACGGAGUGACCCCCCCCAACAAGUCAAAGAGCCACAGUGGCACCGGCAACAGCAGCGUCAAAUACCCCAGCGUGUCCUCCUCCACCUCCUCUUCCUCCUCCUCCUCCCCUUCCUCCGUCAACUACUCCGAGUCCAACUCCUCCGACUCCACCAAGAGCCAGCCGCACAGCGCCAACAGCACCCAGGAAACCAGGUAGGAAGCA